AUGAGCAAAAAGUUCAAGUCGCAGGCCUCAAGCAGUCGUGCAGCUGCUGGAGGCUUUGGCGGAUUUCCGAGUACUUUUGGAGGAUUUUCGACUGCGUCUACAUCAAAUCCACAGGCCACGUCAUCACUGUCAUAUGUGGCAGAACCCCCGGAUCUAACUCGCAUCUCGGAGCCGAAUCUGGUGGUUGCAUUCAAGAAUCUAUCAAAGAAAGAUGAUACGACCAAAACCAAGGCUUUGGAAGAAAUCAAAGACACAGUUGUGAAGCUCGGAAACCGUAGUAAUGAACUCGAGGAAGGUGUCCUGGAGGCUUGGACGAAAGUGUUCCCACGCACUUCUAUAGAAAAUGCCAGGAGAAUUCGGCAACUUGCGCAUUCAAUCCAGGGGUUGCUUGCGUCUCUUGCUGGCAAGCGAAUUGCUCGCCACCUGCCUAAAGUCAUCGGCGCUUGGCUUGCGGGGCUUUAUGAUAAUGACAAACUUGUUUCUCGCUCCGUGGUCGAAUCGAUCACAAGUGUAUUCUCCACUGACGAAAAAAGAAAUAAUCUCUGGAAAGUGUACCAAACUCCAAUCCUGGAGUUCGUGGCUGAUGUUAUUCUACAUCAAACUGUUCGCACACUGAGCGACGAACGAGUCGUCAAGGCUGAUGAUGCUGAAGCCAAGUUUGCAAGGGUAUCAGCUACAGCAAUUCUCCUAUUCAAUCGUAUAUUGAGCACUGCUUCGCAACAGCAAUUAGCCAAGGAUGUAUCUCUGGUCCACCAACUUCUCAGCAGCAAGAAUCUUUGGUCUUUCACCCAUAAUGAAGACCCAUUUGUUCGCCGUUGUAUCUAUAACCUUCUUUUGUCAUCUUUGGCGCAGGGAAUAGAGGGUAACGACUGGCAAAUUAUAAGCAAUAGUCUCAUUUCACAGUCUCUUCCCAUCUCGCAACUUGGAUCUGCAACAGAUUUUUCAGAGACGCUUCUGCAAACUUCCCAGGUACGCCCGCAAUUAUGGACUACAGAUUUCAAGGGUAAGUCAUCUGCUAGUAAAAGGCUACGCCAAUAUAUCAAAAAGGGAUCACAGGGUGCUUCGGAAUCGUAUUGGUCAAACCUCACGAACUUAUUGAAAAACCUGCCCCAGGAAGUCAUUAAGGGAUAUGGAGUCAAGACAGAGGAAACAUCCGAAUUCGGGAUUUUGCAAGCCACAGCUCUUAUGGAAGACUUUUUGGAAGGUUUAUCAUCCAGAGAUGAACCUCGGCACAACCUCAAGACGGCUUGGGCGGCGUAUGUCGACACAGGAAUUUGGCUGUCAACAUUAAUAGACGAGAAGGCGAGGGGGAAAUUUGUCCAGGAGCGACUGGCGCAGGUUUUCGACCCAUACGUGAACGAUCGGACGGAUACUCAGUGGGCACUGCCUAAGAAUAGUGCAAAUAAUAUCUGUACCUCAACAUUUCUGAGGCUUGCUGAUCAUGGAUAUACCGCAGAGUUGGGAUCAGCGUGGGGCUCACUCACCCAAAACUUCUUGCAGGCAGUGAAGCUGUCUCUUCCAGAGCAAUCAAAAGAUUUUCGACCUUCGCAGGACGGAAUAUGUGCCCGAGCUGCGAGGUUUUUCAAACUAGAAGCUGACAUUCUAUCGAGACUAUCGUCGGAAUCGAGCCCCAUCUCAACUUUGUUCCAAGAACAGACUUUGCAGUUGCUUGAAGGAUCAAUUCAGGUAUUAGAAGACCGGAAUGGAAAACCUUACGGUGCUGCUGCAAUCUUGGAAGAAGCGGUUCGCCAUGUUCCGCAAUUUAUUCAAGGUUCAAGUUCUUUGGUGGAUACCUUGAAGACCGACAUUCCUAAGCUAUUAUCGACUCCAUCUGCCGACAGAAUAAUGUCUACUAUCCUUCUUUGUUGUGACUGGGAUGGAUUUGACGCUGUGUUAGAUGCGUCAGUUCAACAAGUAGCGGAUACGAAACCAGGAGAUUCUAGUGCAGUAGCUCUUGAAAGGUUACUGUCGACAGUGGAUUUUGAACAAGUACAAGACAUCUCCCAUUUUGAUUCCAUCGUGACGAAUCGUACCCAGAGUGCAACCCUUGGAAAGAAAUCAGAAUGGUCGCUGGUCCUUUCAGUCAUACAGAACCCUACGUUGCCCAACGAAAUAAUCGAUAAACUGGUAUUGGUCUUGUUACAAGGGUUGUCUUCAGAUGACGAAAACAUCUCUGAAACACUUUCAGGAUUGUUAUCGCUCUCUCAAAACCCUAAAAUUCUGCAACGCUUUCGAAAAGGAACCCAUGGAUCCAAAUUUCUUUCAAAGCUGUUGUAUCUUACUGAAUCACCUGUGGACGAGAUUUCUCAAAAGGCAGAAUUGCUUGAGAAAAAAAUGAAAGAUGUUGUACCCGCAGAAACAACUUCAGAGUCCAGUGUGGAAAUACUAAAACACGGAGUCGAAGACGUGGGACAAGAAUCACUGUCUAUCGAUGCUUUGGUCAGGAUUGCAGAAGAUCUCCUUCAGCGUUUAGAACCAAAGGAUUACCAGAGUAUAUUAGCCGACGUCUUCCCAUCAAACCAAAUAUGGAAAACAUCUUUGGAGCCAUUUUUGGGCCUGCCACCUAGGCCUUCGACAUCUAUCACGAGUCCUUUGGGUGGUACGGCCCAUCUCGUUAGCAAUGAGCUGUCUGCUUCAUUCUGGGCAAAAUUAGAGAAUGUACCCCGGGAUUCCAGCGGAGAAUCAUUGGCUUUUCGUCUGACUGUAUAUGUGACAAGGCUUCUAUCGCUGGACAAUGUCUUUGAAUCUCUUACAGCAGAGCAACGUGAAAGUUUAUUCCAUUAUUUACCGCUAGCUCUUCAAUUGAUCGAGGAUGAUAUAAGCAUUGAGGGUUCGAUAGGACUGAUCGGCCUUCAGCUCUCCGAAGACUACGAUCAAGUAUUAGAGAUUACAAGCAGUGGCCGGUCCAUUGUUAGCGCAUGGAUUCGCUCUGAUGCGCCUCUAAGCGAUAGCCAAGACUCUAUAUCGAAAGAACUACACGAUUUCUGGAACCGAAAGAUCGAAGCUGUUAGCGAUGUCUCACCCGAGAGCUAUCGGAUUGGCGAAGCUUAUGUGAAGCUCAUGUUCGAAAAAGAGACGACAAAAACUUCGGAUGAACUUCUCUCUCUUGCGAGAGAGAUUCGAAAGAUUAAUCCAAUCCGAGCUGCAGCUGUAAUCGCAAUAUGGGGGCCGUCUCUUUCAUAUUCGCCAGCUGGUACAAGACUAUGUAACGAGCUUAUUGCAGAAGCUACCGGCUUCAACCCCCUGAAAAACCGAGAGGGUAAGUGCACAAUGACCUCUUCCAAACUAUCGCUUACGGAACUAGGUUUGAAAAACAUUGUCUUUGCCAAUAUUUUGAUACAGAGUAUGGAGAGUAUUGUUGACUCGAUACCAACACAGCGACUAGUCUUUCUUGUGAAAAACAUGAUUCAGGUUGCUCAAGAAAACCCGGAUUUCUUGGAUGUCAAAAGCGAAGUAUUCAAGCUUCUCAGAGCCGUUUUACGUCCCCUCAAUGAGAUUUACGGAUCGCAUUGGGCCGAUUCCAUAGAAAUGUUGCGUACGACUUGGAAGGAGACUAGCGGAGGUGAUGCGGCACUGCCUGUGCUUCAUUCGUCUUUUAGAUUUUUCUCCGUGAUAAAGCGUCUUGUACAAGCGGAUGGCAAUGACGAUCUGAUCGAUUCUUGGACCGAAUCUAAAAACGAGAUAUUUGAGAGCAUUGUUUCAAUCUUGCACAAACUAGAUGCUUCCAGUACGGCCUAUCAGCCUCGGGAUAUAACAGCUAACCUCCUACGCCGCGAACUUGUAGAUGUCCCGGUUAACUCUCUCGUGGGCAGAAAAGACAUUUUCUCCUUAUUGGCAGUUCAAUGUAAGGACAUUCAACGAGCUGCGUAUGAGAUUCUCCAUCGAUCUAUCCCCCAAGCUCAAGAGCAGGUGUCCUUCGACGUCGCAUUGUCGAAAACAACCGUCAAUCUUCCUGAUGAAUUACUGUCUCUUUUACUAGAGCCUCCCAAGGCAGAUGUGAUAACGGCAAUUGACGACGAGAAAGCGUGGCUCAGUCUUCGGUCAUAUCUGCUGAGCUGGAAAAUAGUGUUUGAUCACUUUUCGAACUCUUCGCUCCCCGUCCAGGAGAAUUAUGCAGCAAACAUUAAAGAGAACCAAUUGCUAGACCCUCUUCUUGAAUUCACAUUUGAAUUCCUUCAGAAAUCACAGGGAAAACUGGUCAAUGCUUCGACUUUUGAUGUUCGGUUGUGGGAACCACACGCCGAGCCUAGUGAAAAAGACACGCAGUGGCUUCUCAUCCAUUUAUACUAUCUAUCAUUGAAACACGUCGGCAUUCUGGUAAAGAACUGGUGGCUCGACAGCAAAAAGAGAAUUAAAGGCCCCGUCGAGACAUGGACGGAAAAAUACAUAUCGCCAUUCAUCAUUGAAGACGCGUUGAUUGGUAUCUCGAGAUGGAUUGAAACUCAAGAUCAAAAUGAGGAACGACAGCUUUCUGUCAAGGUAUCUCAACGCACUGGUGAACUCGUUGCCAGCAUUCCAGUAGACGAGGAUUCUCCUCCUGUCGCAAUGGCCAUUUCUCUUCCGCCUGCCUAUCCGCUACAACCAGCAAUUGUCACGGGUAGAAGCCGUGUUCUUGUCGACGAGAAGAAAUGGCGCAGCUGGCUGCUCAUAAUCCAAGGCGUGAUUAUGUUCUCCAACGGUAGCCUUGUGGAUGGCUUGCUUGCGUUCCGAAAGAACGUCCAGGGUGCCCUGAAAGGGCAGAGCGAAUGUGCCAUUUGCUAUUCAGUUAUUUCGACCGACAUGCAGACUCCUAACAAACGUUGCGCUACGUGUAAAAACACAUUCCAUUCAGUGUGUCUCUUCCGGUGGUUCAAGAGCAGCAACCAGAGCACAUGUCCACUUUGCCGGAACAACUUUACUUCGCGUACUCUUUCCCAAGAGUCAGCCAUGUCGGCUCCUCAAAUCCCAAAUCUGAAUACUCUCCGACGAGGCGGCGGGGGUCUUCGUGGUCGCCUGCGAGGUCGCGGGCGCGGGGGAUCAUCAUCCGGUGGUGCAGGCGACGACUCCUCGACCUCUCAAGAGGACAACAACGAUGCGAAGAAUGCCGCGGAGAAGGAUCAGAUUGUCCAGAACACGGAUAAUGAUGCGAGCGUAUCCAGACUCAGUGCAGUAGAUUUGGGGUAUUUAAAUGAUCCGUUUGCGCGAAGUUUGACACCAUCAGGGGGAGGGCCGGGUUCACGCAGGUUCCCUAUUAUUAAUCGAGGUACAUAUGUGCGAACGGCUGCUAUUGACAAAUUGGUGGAUCGUUUUCUCGACUCUGCUGAUGAGCAGAGCACAACGAAGAAACAAAUCAUAUCGCUGGGCGCAGGGUCAGAUACACGGGUAUUUCGAAUUUUUUCCAAGCGCCAGUCUGCUGCGCCGAUUGUCUAUCAUGAAAUCGACUUUGCUGUGAAUACUUCUGCGAAAAUAAAGGCCAUACGUUCGAACCCGUCUUUGCAGAAGACAAUCCAUAUUGAUACUACUUCAGGAGAAGAAAACGGCGGAGCUACAAUAUCUAUCGCUGGAGACGCUCUGCACUCGCCAUCAUAUCAUAUACAUCCCGUCGAUCUGAGGACUCUUACUACCGAAGCAUCUAAACCGAACUCACAGACAGAGGCUCAAUCACCACUGCUCCCAGGAAUAGAUACCUCUCUCCCGACACUUCUCAUCUCCGAGUGCUGCCUCAUAUACCUAUCCCCUCACGACGCAGACGCGGUGGUCGACUAUUUUGCCAAAACAAUCUUCCCGUCUACAACAACUCUAGGCAUGAUUAUUUACGAACCAAUUCGCCCGGACGACCCUUUCGGAAAGACGAUGGUGUCCAAUCUCGCAGCAAGGGGGAUCCAAUUGCAAACUCUACACAAGUAUUCAUCAUUAGCAGCACAGCAGAAACGAUUGCGAGAGCAUGGCUUUACAGAUGGACAAGGGGCUGCUGACAUCGAUUUCAUCUGGGACAGAUGGAUUAGCAUGCCAGAGAAAGAGCGGGUUGCUGGAUUGGAAAUGCUGGACGAGAUUGAGGAGUGGAAACUACUGGCGCAGCAUUAUUGCAUAGCUUGGGGCUGGCGGGGAGCGUUUGAGACUUGGGGCGAUUUUCAAAAAAAAAUGGCCGAAUCCAUUGCCGCACUCCGCAGACAGCGUCGCGACGAGCUGUCAAAGCUUGCAGACGAACACUUGCAACAUGACCUCCAACCGGCCGAUCGCGAUGCCUUGAAAGCAGCAGCAAAAAAAGUCUCGACGUGGACAGUGGUUGGCUCUGCCUUGGGUAUUGGCCUUGGGUUUUACGUUGCAUUCCGCCUGAGGAGCACGCGCAAGCAAGUGUUUGAGGUAUUCAAAGCGCAGGAGAAGCCUGUGAGCGUUGUCUUUGCGGAUGGGAGAGCUGAGUCUAUUCCCGAUAUCACACCCCUUCUCAGGCCAUCCACAUUGGGUGACAUUGCGACCUAUUUCUUCGCCUCUGCCGGGGGUCUGUUCUUGGGCGGCGAGCUCGGCCUCUUGGGUGGAUCAGCCAGCGCAAGCCGCAGUAUCACCAAAGACCCGGAAACGAAAAAGAGGGUUGAGAAAGCGUUUCGCAAAUUUCGAGCAGACGUGCUACGAAAGGAAGCGGACAGCCUUGAUAAGGAAGAUAACGUGUGGAAUAAGAUGUUUUGA